CAUCACACUCUAGUUCGUUGGAGCCUGAUGGUCUGGAAGACUUUAGCGCAAGCCACAACGGCCAUCGCCUCCCGUCCACGUCCGAUCCGACGCGAAGGACAAUCUGGGGAUAUCGUGAUAAAUUAGGGGCGUCCUCCUUACGAAGGCUGUUGUUCCAAGACCGUCAGACUACUCUACUACCACAACAAGCAGGAGUUCCUAUCGCAUAACGACCAAACACUUCACUUCUCCCGCACAACAAAAGCUGUGCAGCUGGCGAUUGUUUGUGCAUGCGCAAACAGUUGAGAAGUUGCAAUCUGUAUCCAUCAUGGCCUCCCAGGGUGUCAACGCGGGUGCUGGUACAGGACAAACAUCCUCAGCCCCAUACCUUCCAACAACAUGGGCGCUUGGCGGCUUGAACAAACGACACAUCGAUCUUCCAAUAACAUGCAUUCUAUUGGUGUGCUACAUUGGCUCCGCCGUAACACACAUGACCAUUUUGCAGUUGAACCGGAAACGAGGCCACAAGUUCCUCUUCAACGGCGCUCUAUUCGGUUUCAGCAUGUCUCGAAUAGUCACAUGCACCCUCCGCAUAGCGAGCAUAUGCAUCCCGCGCAAUGCUCGACUCGGCAUCGCAGCAGCUAUCUUCAUCGCAGCCGGUGUCCUCAUCAUCUUCAUCAUAAACGUCAUGUGGUCCAUACGCAUCGUCCGCUCUCUGCAUCCACACUUUGGCUGGCAUCCCGCCGUCGGCAUCGCCAUGAAAGUGUUGUACGUAACGAUAGGUCUUACACUCGCCGCAGUCAUCGUCGCAACAGUCCAGAGCUUCUACACGCUAGACACGUCCAUCAGGCAUGUCGACCGUAGCUUGCAGCUCUACGGCCAGACGUUCUUGGCCGUCGUCAGCUGCGCCCCGAUCAUCAUACUGGCCAUAGCAUUUGCCAUCCCACGGCGCAGUGCACCGGAGAAGUUUGGCGCCGGGCGCCUGCGCACCAAGGUCAUCGUCUUGCUUGUAGGUACGACACUUGUGUCGAUGGGUGCCUGGUACCGCUGCGGAACAUCCUGGCAAACUCCCGUUCCACGAACACAACCGAUGCCCGUGUACUUCCACAAAGCGGCAUUCUACUGCUUCAUUUUCGUCAACGAGAUCUUGACGUCGUACCUUUACGCUAUUAUGCGCGUUGAUCUACGGUUCUGGAUUCCCAACGGUGCGAAGGGUCCGGGUGAUUACGAGUCGUGUUCGAGCGUUGCGGCAGUGGGUAGUUUGAGUGGCAGCAAUGAGGAGGCUGCGCUUGAGAAGGAGGGCCAGGGAGUGAACGCUCAAGAAGUGUGAGGGUGUGGAGAAGUAUGAUGUCCCGGUGUGGGGACUUUCUGCAUUGUUUUCUUCUGUUGCUUUCUAUACCCCUUUGCCAAUAUCUUUUUUAGAUUUCCGUUCGGGUUUCUUCUACGUUGGCCGUUCAGGUACAACCUUACGAUCAAAAGUCGUGUCGAUAGUUUAGUGUUUUGCAUGUCUAGAGCGAGUUUUAGUGAUACCAUGGUAUGGCGUAAUUUAAUGGAUUUACAUUUCCAUGAAGAGUCUUUUGUAUUCUGAUAUCUAUCUGCAUAAGUGUCACUUAGC